UAAUAAAGACAUUGAUUAUUGACAUUUUUCAUAUUAUUUCGCUAUUAUUAGCUGUUAAUCUUAAUAAAACAUUAGAAAGUGAACAGAAACUUCACUAAACAGCUUGAAAUGGUCAACUGAAGCUAAAAUUAUGUGAAGCAGAACUUUGUUCCAUUGUCAUGGUUGCAUGCAAAGUAAUGAGCAUGUAUAGUUGUUCCUAAAUAAAACAUCCAGAAAAUAAGUAUUUAGUUUUCAAAUUAUAAAUGUGUAAAUUUGUUGGAAUUUUGUUUUGCACAGGUUGAUAAUGUCAUAGCUGUUACUAAUACCAUUACUGGUUACUUAUAGAAGUUUCAGUUAUGCCAUGAAACUAGGAUUUUUUUUUUAACUGUCAGGCUGCGAGUCAUCAGUUUGAUAAAGUCAGGCAACACCGUUGAUGAAAUAGUUCUUGAUUGCUUUUUCAUAUUCCCUUAAACACAUACACACAUAUACAUACCCCACCCCAAGCAAACACACAUUCAUGAAAGUGUUUAACAUUUUUGACAAUUUAACUUGAACGUCCCUUUCUGGUUAUGACAUUUCUCAUAGUUUGAACAGAUUAUGUACCACUUUCACAAGCUACCAAUCAAAGGUAUCAUUCCUACAGUGAAAUUUAUCCUGCUGAUCAAUAGCUAGGCCACACCAUAAUUUCUGGGUGGUGCUUGUUGUCAGGACAUCUGUCUUCAAGAUAUAGUAGCAUUAUGGCAUUUAUUACUUGUUUGUCAAUCUCAUACUUAAUAAUUUCUAAGUGAUUAUUAUACGCCUAUCAUUAGGUGGUCACCUCUUGCCAAAGGCAGGUUUAGAGCCCAAACCUGGGAUGAGAAUCCUGUUUCAAGACUUUUCAUUACAGUAUUUUGUUUUUAAGACUGGAAAUUAAAAUAUUACUUUGAUGCCAGGAAUUCCCCCUGAACUAUAUUUUGCAGCGAUGACUUUUGCUUUGGAGUGUAAGGGAAGGGGAAGGAAUAUUGUUUGAAGUUGUUCUAGUACAUAUACUGAGUGAAAUGUCUGUUGCACUUGAUUUUAAUAGUUCCAAAUCUUUUCUUGGUAAACACAAACAGCGUUUGAUGCUAGUUGGAGGAAAAGGUUUCCCUUUUUCUUAAAACUGUGCACACAAUAUUUGAGUCAUAAAAUGUUUACCAGUUGAAUUUGCUCUCACAGGUGCGCAUACAUGUGGGUGCAUGUUUAGAAUAACUUAAAAAUAUUGACGAUUUCAUUCUUCUUUUGCUAGAAUCUAGAAUUAUCUGACGAAAAAUAAAUGAAGAUCUAAAUUGAGGGAUCACACUGCUACCUCAUAAUGUGCCAUUAGGCCUUUGCUGCGCAUAGUCACGACUGGAGAGUUAGAGUAAUUCAUUCACCCGUCUACACACACAUAUGUUCAAUGGAGCUGGCAAGCUGACCAUGCUUACUCCCUUCUGUAAAUAUGAAUGGGUGCAGAUGUUGAGAGCGGGAUGUUUAUCGUCAGUCCCUUCUCCCUGCACCCUACAGUACACUGGUGAGACAAGCAGAAAGGGAUGAGUUGGAAAGAACACGUAAACUAAUAAAUGGACUGAUGGUAAGAAGAGGUCAAAGCAAGCAGUAAUGUUGUGUAGCAGUCGCUGUCCACACGAGGCACGUACCCGUGUCGUCCACCCCUCACUGGCCAUGGCAGUGCCGUGGAGUAGCGUCCCCUGCCUGGAGUGGCGAGGCUCAGGACGGACACACGGGUACACUGCUUACACCAGCCUCGCUAAUUACUUCUUGCGGAUAUGGCACAGGACUUGAUAAACAAAACAAAAGUGACAUUACAAACCACAGUUACAGAAGGUGCCCCUGAGCAACGUGCUGCAGCGGUUGUCAGUGAUCAGAUAUCUGCCACUAAUCCCAGUCCUGAAAAUGUGGAUGGAGGGAAAACCAGUUCUGUUCAGACAGAAGUACUAUUAUCACAAAGCAAAGGACACAGUUUUGAAAUGGAUACAGAAGACAGUUCUGAACUGGGUGCAGAACGUAGUUCAUCCAGUUCACAGUGCUCUUAUGCUGAAGUCUCUAAUGCCAUGGCUGAUGAAAAAGCCUCAAGAACAAAGAAGAUAGUAAUGUCUGUUACUACCCACAGCAGUGGGUUUGAUGCUGAUGUUGGCAGUGAUUGCAAAAGCACCUUGCAGCAGUCCAACUUGCAGCUGCAAGUUCAAAGACCUACCAGUCCAGACCAUUCCCAAGCCUCACUCACAUUGAAGCCUUGUGUUGUCAAGCUCAUACGCUUAGAUGAUACCCCAGUUCUAAAAAUGUGGCUGCAAGCUCAGCAAUUAAAGGAUGAGACAACGAACAGCCAUUGCCCACUCCAAACAGAGGAACCAAAAAGAGAUCCAGCUAUGAUUCCAAUAGAAUUACCACAUACAGGAGAGUUCAAAUCAUCAUACAAAGUGAUCUAUGCUGAGACAUCAUCAGGCUCAUCUUCAGCUAAGAUUUUUUCCAGCCAGAGUUCAAACACAGAAGCUCAACCAAAAGUAGUUGUACCUAUUCUAAACAAGCUUGAAUGUGAUGUCUGCAAGAUUAUCUGCACAGGAAGGAGGGGGCUGCUUGUGCACAAGCGCAUGGCUCAUGGCAGUUUUUUAUGCACCCUUUGCCAGCAAGUAUUCUUGAAUAAAGAUCAACUUCAGAACCACAGGUGUGGGAAGCCACAGAACAACAAGGGGCAAGUCAACGAUUCUGGACUAGCCCAUGUGACUGUGUUCCCUGACAGAUCCAGCAUUGUUCACAAACCUGGUACACCCUCUUACUUUAGGCCAGCCCCAAAAAAACCUGAUGCUGCUUCAACAGUGACAUCUAACAGUGCAGCUGUUGUUUAUUCUGAUAGAAAGCACGUGGAUACAGUUUUAUCAGAGCACCAGAUCACCAGCUCUGGAAAUGCAGGACAGAGCACAGACAAGUUCAGUACUUCUGGUAGUCUUCAGUGUGUACAGUGUCGGUGCCAUUUCAUUAGCAGGGAGCAUAUUCUGCAGCACAACUGUGGAAAAAGUCAUGAGAGUAAAAAACUGGGAGAUUCUAAAGAUUUCCCUCAGGUGACUGUUUUUCCUGACAAGACAACUACAGGUUACAAGAGUGUGAAAUUACAUGGCAGUAAUAAGCUAGUAGAUGCCAAGGAAACUGUGAUAGUGUUCCCUGACAAAUCUAGUGUCGUUAACACACCUUCUUGUGACAAAUCUCGUAUUGUUAACACACCUUCCUGCGACAAAUCUCGUAUUGGUAACACACCUUCCUGCAACAAAUCUCGUAUUGCUAACACACCUUCCUGCACCAAAUCUCCAUCUUUAAAGUCUGGUGCAAAGUCUGCAGCUCAUAGCUUGUUUGUAGCAUAUCCAAAUGGACAGUACAAGCAACUGAAUGAAGCCCAUGCACUUCACCCGUUAGAGAAAAUGAUGUUCAAACAUAGUAAGAUGGACACUACACACACAGCUGUGAGGAAGAGAAAGAGAGAACCAGAGAACAAAGGUGCUACAACACCAGCACUGUCUUUUGUUUGCCCAAACUGCCUUUGCUCUUACCCAAGCAGUGAAUUGUUGGAAAUGCACAGUUGUGCCUUGGCAGGCUCUGCAGAUUUGGUAGCUCCAGAAAUGUCUUCUGAAGUGGAGCGGUUGGCAAAGUUUUACAGUAGUAUUGUGUAUAAGGAGUAAAAUUGCUGCAGCCUGUCUGUACGUGUGACUGACAGUGUGAAUGUAUGCAUGCUUUUGAUUAUAUUUGUGUACAAAUGAACCUUUUUUUUUUUAUGGUGAUGGGACUCUAUAGCCAACAAUCAAUUUAUUCUUCUUAUUAUUUCAUUAUAUCUUCAUCUGACAUAUAGUUUUAAAAGCAUACAGCAGAACAAUAGCUUGGGUACUUUUGUUUCUGAUUGUUUUGAAGUGCAAUAUCAGGUACAAUAUUGCACAUCUUUCUAAAUUAUUUUAAAAGGUUUGAAGAGAUGUUGAGUGAACUGUGCAUGCAGGAAAUCUUGGGAGCUGGCAUCAAGUUGCAUUUCUUAGUUUCCCUGCUUUGUCAUGGGAGAUGAUUGCAGCAAAAAUUAUAUAAAGUGUGCUGCACAUUUGUUAUUUCUGCGUGAAACAUCAGCACAUUUUAUCUUUCCUUGAGAAUGUUAAGUUUUUACAUGGAUUGCAGAAAUUUUCCUAACUUUUUGUUUUUCUGUUGUCAUUAAUUUUUUUUAUUAAUGAGUUUUUAAGAAUAGAUAUAGGCAGCUGUUGUAUUGCUCUUCAACAUCAAGAAUGAUUUUUGUAUGUGCAUGUUUGUGUAGAUUGUGUGCUGGAACAUUUUCUCUAUUAACAUUGCAUUUCACAUCUAGUAAUGCAAGUGUAAUAAAUAAUGAAUGACUGUA